CUUUCAGUUGGAAUUGUGUGAAAAAUCAACAAAAUGGAUCUCAAAGAAACAAAAAAGGAGGACUCGCAGCUGCCGCAAGUGGGCGAUUUCCUCUCACAGGAGGGAGCUGCCCAGGCAAAGACAGAAACUAAAUACAGCUACCUGGAUAUGUUUAGAUACUCCACGAGCUUCGAGCGAGCGUGGAUUGGGUUCAGCAUUGUGAUGGCCGCCGUGGCAUCGGCAUUCAUUCCCUUCUUCAUGAUUAUCUACGGAGAGUUCACGUCCCUGCUGGUCGAUCGCACAGUGAGAGUGGGCACUUCCUCCCCCACUUUCGCGCUGGCCAUGUUUGGCGGCGGAAAGCGACUGUCGAACGCCAGCAAGGAAGAGAAUCAGCAGGCCAUCAUCGAGGACUCGAUAGCCUUUGGUGUGGGCAGUCUUGUGGGAUCUGUGGCCAUGUUUGUGCUCAUCACACUGGCCGUUGACAUUGCCAACCGAGUGGCGCUAAAGCAGAUCGGUCGCAUCCGCAAGGUGUUCCUGGAGGCCAUGCUGCGGCAGGACAUUACGUGGUACGACACCACCUCUGGCACCAACUUCGCCAGCAAGAUGACCGAGGAUCUGGACAAGCUGAAGGAGGGAAUCGGCGAGAAGGUGGUGAUAGUCACCUUUCUGUUCAUGACAUUCGUCGUAGGCAUUGUGGCAUCGUUCCUCUAUGGCUGGGGCCUAACCCUGGUGAUUGUCGGCUGCUGCCCUUUGAUCAUCAUUGCCACAACGGUGGUGGGAAAGCUGCAAGGAUCCCUCGCCGACAAAGAGCUGAAGGCCUACUCCAACGCUAGCAAUGUGGCCGAGGAGGUAUUCAGCGGUAUCCGCACCGUGUUCGCCUUCAGCGGGCAAACGAAGGAGAAGGAGCGCUUCGGGAAGCUGCUGCUCCCGGCCGAGGCCACCGGACGCAAGAAGGGGCUCUACACGGGCCUGGGCAGUGCUGCCACCUGGCUGAUCAUCUACCUUUGCAUGGCGCUGGCCAUCUGGUACGGGUCGAAGCUCAUACUGGAGGAUCGCAACCUCGAGGACCGCCAGUACACGCCGGCUGUCCUUGUCAUCGUCUUGUUUGCCGUCAUUAUGGGAGCGCAGAACCUCGGCUUUGCAUCGCCGCACGUCGACUCGAUGGCAGUGGCCACGGCCGCUGGACAGAACCUCUUCAGAAUCAUCGACCGGCAGUCCCAGAUCGACCCCAUGGUCGAGGGGGGAGCCAAGCCAGAGAGCAUCACGGGACGCAUUCGCUUCGAGAACAUUCACUUCCGCUAUCCCGCCCGACCAGACGUCCAGAUCCUCAAGGGGCUGACCGUGGACGUGGAGCCGGGCCAGACGGUGGCCUUCGUCGGAGCCUCGGGCUGCGGCAAGAGCACAAUGAUCCAGCUGAUGCAGCGGUUCUACGACCCCGAGCAGGGGAGCGUCAAACUGGAUGGACGGGAUCUGCGCUCGCUGAAUGUUGGCUGGCUGCGCUCGCAGAUCGGCAUCGUGGGCCAGGAACCGGUUCUCUUUGCCACCACCAUCGGAGAGAACAUUCGCUACUCCCACCCAGAAGCCACGCAGGCGGACAUCGAGCGUGCGGCACGUGCCGCCAAUUGUCACGACUUCAUCAGCAAACUGCCCAAGGGCUACGACACCCAUGUGGGCGAGAAGGGCGCCCAGAUCUCGGGCGGGCAGAAGCAGCGCAUCGCCAUUGCCAGGGCACUGGUGCGGAAGCCACAGAUCCUGCUGCUGGAUGAGGCAACCUCCGCUCUGGAUCCCACAUCCGAGAAGCGGGUGCAGAGCGCCCUCGAGCUGGCCAGCCAAGGACCCACCACUCUGGUGGUGGCCCAUCGCCUCUCGACCAUCACGAAUGCCGACAAGAUUGUGUUCGUCAAGAACGGAGUGGUGGCCGAGCAGGGCACCCACGACGAGCUGAUGCAGCUACGCGGCUUGUACUGCGAACUGGUGAACAUUACGCGACGCAAGGAGACCACCGAGGAGGAGGAGACAGGCGGGGACAGAGCGCUACAGAAGGCACAGAACCUCUCCGAUGAGGAGGAUGAGGACGAGGACGAUGAAACCGAAGAUGAUGAGCCAGGACUGGAAGCGGGCAGCAGCAGGGAGAGUGCAUUCAGCCGCGCCAGCACCCGUCGUAAGCGUCGCUCGCAGCGUCGCAGCAAGAAACAGAAGCCAGCGCCUCCCAAGUUCUCCCUCACGCAGCUGAUGAGACUGAAUGCCCCCGAGUGGCGCUACAUUGUGGUCGGAUGCAUUGCCUCGGUUUUGCAUGGCGCCACCUUCCCGCUGUGGGGCCUCUUCUUCGGCGACUUCUUCGGCGUGCUCUCCAACGGAGACGAUGACGUGGUGCGUGCCGAGGUCAUCAAUAUCGCUUGCAUCUUCAUCGGCAUCGGCGUGCUGGCCGGACUGGGAACGAUGCUGCAGACGUACAUGUUCACCACGGCUGGCGUGAAGAUGACCACGAGGCUGCGUAACAGAGCCUUUGGCACGAUUGUGGGCCAGGACAUUGCCUACUUUGACAAUGAGCGGAACUCGGUGGGUGCUCUGUGCUCCCGCCUGGCCAGCGACUGCUCCAACGUGCAGGGGGCCACUGGUGCUCGCGUUGGCGUCAUGCUGCAAGCCGUUUCCACUUUGGUCAUCGGCAUGGUCAUUGGCUUCGUCUACUCCUGGCAGCAGACGCUGCUCACGCUGGUCACCCUGCCGCUGGUCUGUCUGUCGGUGUACCUGGAGGGUCGCUUCAUCAUGAAGAGCGCCCAGUCGGCCAAGGCGGCCGUCGAGGAGGCCUCCCAGGUGGCUGUGGAGGCGAUAACCAACAUUCGGACUGUCAACGGACUCAACCUGGAGCGUCGCAUUCUGCAAACCUACGUCCAACAGAUCGACAACGUGGAUGUCGCCUGUCGUCGCAAGGUUCGCUUCCGCGGAGUGGUCUUUGCGCUGGGUCAGGCGGCUCCCUUCCUGGCCUACGGCAUCUCCAUGUACUACGGAGGGCUGCUCGUGGCCGAUGAGGCAAUCAACUAUGAGGACAUUAUCAAGGUGGCUGAAGCUCUGAUCUUCGGUUCUUGGAUGCUGGGUCAGGCGUUGGCCUAUGCGCCGAACGUGAACGACGCCAUCCUCUCCGCUGGCCGACUCAUGGAGCUCUUCAAGAGCAAUUCCACACAGCCCAAUCCGCCAGAGAAUCCCUACAACACAGUGGAGAAAUCCGAGGGAGACAUUGUGUACGAGAACGUGGGCUUCGAGUAUCCGACCAGGAAGGGCACUCCCAUCCUGCAGAGCCUGAAUCUCACCAUCAAGAAGUCGACGACUGUGGCGCUUGUGGGCCCUUCCGGGUCCGGCAAGUCCACCUGCGUGCAGCUGCUGCUCCGCUACUAUGACCCCGUCUCCGGAUCGGUGAAUCUCAGUGGAGUGCCGAGCACCGAUUUCCCGCUGGACACGCUGCGCUCCAAGCUGGGCCUCGUCUCGCAGGAGCCAGUGCUCUUCGACCGCACAAUUGCCGAGAACAUUGCCUACGGGAAUAACUUCCGGGACGAGGUCUCCAUGCAGGAGAUCAUCGAGGCUGCCAAGAAGUCCAACAUUCAUAACUUCGUCAGCUCCCUGCCGCAGGGUUACGAGACGCGGCUGGGCAAGUCGUCCCAGCUGUCUGGUGGCCAGAAGCAGCGCAUCGCCAUUGCACGGGCUCUGGUGAGGAAUCCAAAGAUCCUGAUACUCGACGAGGCCACCUCUGCGCUGGAUCUGCAGAGCGAGAAGGUGGUGCAGCAGGCGCUGGACGAGGCUCGUUCCGGACGCACCUGCCUCACGAUUGCCCACCGUCUGACCACGGUGCGGAACGCGGAUUUGAUAUGCGUCCUCAAGCGGGGCGUGGUCGUCGAGCAUGGCACGCACGAUGAGCUGAUGGCUCUGAAUCGCAUCUACGCCAAUCUCUACCUGAUGCAGCAGGUGUCGGGAUAAGACAGUGUUUAGUAUUAUAGCAUAAGGAGAUGUUAGAUUAAGUACCUUAGAUUCGAAUAGAAAUGCAUAA